GCGAUUCCCGCGGUGCGCACGCGGUCUUGUCGAACGUCUAUAUAUAUCGCGCGCGAGAAAUGCCGCUUACAGUCGCGUGGUAAACGUUAAGUGACCAUAGGAGCUGCUGUCAAGUGUUGGAAGUAACCUAGUUUAUUAAUUCACAAUGCCGCCUCAAGGGCAGCCCCCGGCCUGGGUGCUGGACGAGUCCGACGCCGUCACUGAGGACAAAGACGUGGCCACCCCCGCCCCGGAGGCCGAGAAGAGGAAACUCCAGAUUGUCUGGAGGAAUGUCACCCUGUUCGUGUUCCUGCAUAUCGGGGCGCUGUACGGCGGAUACCUGUUCUUCACUAAGGCUAUGUGGAUCACCAGGAUAUUUACGGUUAUAUUAUACAUAAUGUCUGGCCUGGGCAUCACGGCGGGAGCGCACAGGUUAUGGGCCCACAAGUCAUACAAGGCGCGCCUGCCUCUGAGGAUACUGCUCACACUGUUCAACACACUUGCCUUCCAGGAUUCUGUGUUGGACUGGGCGCGUGACCACCGCAUGCACCACAAGUACUCGGAGACCGACGCCGACCCGCACAACGCCACUCGUGGCUUCUUCUUCUCGCACGUUGGCUGGCUAUUGGUGCGAAAGCAUCCACAGAUCAAGGCCAAGGGGCACACCAUCGAUAUGAGCGACUUACUGGCCGAUCCUGUCCUGCGCUUCCAGAAAAAAUACUACCUGACCCUGAUGCCGCUCUGCUGCUUCAUCCUACCCUCAUACCUGCCCACUCUCUGGGGCGAGUCUCUGUGGAACGCCUACUUCGUCUGCGCCAUCUUCCGUUACUGCUACGUCCUCAACGUCACCUGGCUGGUCAACUCGGCCGCCCACAAGUGGGGAGACCGUCCCUACGACAAAAACAUCAACCCUGUCGAGACCAAGCCUGUGUCUCUUGUCGUAUUUGGCGAAGGCUUCCAUAAUUAUCACCACACUUUCCCUUGGGACUACAAAACUGCUGAGUUGGGAGGCUAUUCUCUCAAUCUUUCAAAGCUCUUCAUUGAUACUAUGUCUAAAAUCGGAUGGGCGUAUGAUCUUAAAUCAGUUUCUCCUGAUAUUGUCGAGAAGCGAGUGAAGAGAACCGGUGAUGGAAGCCACCAUGUUUGGGGAUGGGACGACGCGCCGGCGGACCAGAAGGUGGCGGCGACUAUUGUCAACCCCGACAAGACUGAAUGAACUGAUUAGAUCGGAUGACAUACGAGAAGUCUGUAUUGUGAUGUGAAGAUUAGCUUAGUGUAGGUGUAUCUGCUUUUAGCACCAUUUAACUAUAAAAA